GUUCGGGCAGCGGGCGAUGCGCCGGAAUGACCAGUGUCUCUGGUCGGCGACGCACUGCAUCCGAUGCGUCUGCAGUAUCAGCAGCAGCAGCAGACAGCAGCAAGGGGUCGGCUGGCGGGUGGGUCGCCGGAAACAGGCGGCUCGCCCGUUUGCAAAUCGCGAGCCCCCCAUUCUCCUGGCAGGCGCAUUUGGGCCCGGCUCGCUCCUGCUUCCUCUUCUGCUUCUUGCGCUUGAUCUCAACGGCCGACCAGCCCGACUGCCCCUUCUUUUGCCAGCAGGCCCCACCACCCCCUGUCCCCAGCCUCAACCCCCCCGUCCUCGCCUUCCGCCAUGGCUGCUGAGGUGUAUCUGGCAAACAGCUUCCUCAAGUACAUCCAACCGUACAUUCCCGAGUCGUGGACCUUUGAGAAUGCCUACAACCUGGCUGUUGCGAUCACCCCCGAGCCCGUCAAGCACGGAAUCGCAGACCUGCUGAGCCGGUACCUUCCCUUCUCUGACAUUGUGAUUGCUUCCCUGGCUGCGGCCUACUGUCUUUACAAUUUUGGAUUCCCGUUGAGACGCCCCAAUCGACAGUGGAUCUAUUUCGCCGCUGUCAUGUGGGUGCUGGCCAUCGCCGCCAUGUUCUACCUACAGACGCUCAUCUUUGGAAUCCAAAAGUACAAUUACGACAAUGCGCUGAGGCAGCAGGGAGUCGAGCCCGAUGACGAUACCAACGCCCGGUUCGAGCCCCUUGUCGUCCCCGACCUGCGCUACCAGUUCAACGGAAAAGAUCUGUUCGCCUUCCUCCAAAACUCGGGCGCCAUCGGCCGUCGGCUCUACAUCUCGUACCUCAUCGUUGAAGUUGUCUACAUCAUGGCCUACGGUCUCAUCAACCGCCACGUCCUCUCCUUCUUCUAUCCGUACGGCGACUCCUCCUCGAUCUACCCCGCCAUGGCCAAUGUCUGUCUGGUUCUUGCCGAUUUCUAUGAGAACAGCGGCCUGAUCUACAUGGCUGCCAGCUUCCCGGCGAACCUCCAAGGCAACGUGCACUACGCCGCCCGCAUUUCCAGAGUGGGCGCCUCUAAAUUCCCCCUCGCUGUCCUGGUUCUGGGUCUGAUUGCCUCGGGCCUGAUCCGCUACUGGCUCGGCAUGAUUGACUACGAGGCCUCCAAGAAGGCCAUCGCCGAACGAGACGCGCAUGAUCUGCUUGAGCAGGAGCGAGAGUCGGAGCAGCAGCUGCAGAAGAUCCGCAAGCAGGUCGAGAAGGAAACCAACCAGAGGUUGAAGGAGGUCGAGUCCAAGCGCAAGGCCGUCAAGGACACCAAGAAGGCCUCUGAUGACAAGUAGCUUGAUGGCUCGCCAAGCCGCUCUUCCUCUCGCUCUUCCUCUCUCUGCCGCCUUCCCGCACUUUGGCUGGAUCACCAGCAGAUCGACCGACUGGACAGAGCGGCGCUCUUGAAUCUACUCCGACGCCUCCUGCUCGCUGCUGUUCACUGUUGUUCGCUGCUGCUCGCUACUCAGCCGAUGCUACUGUUGAGAGGAUAAUGGCUCGAGUCUUGCUUUUACAUUGUGCAGCUCUGUGACUGUCUGUUAAAUACAAUCCAAUAAAGAACGGGACACCUUGGUUUUUGGUCGUUGA